AUGGCAGACAGACUUGUAUUAAUGGCAGUUUGUGUGUUUUUGAUGUUGAACUGUCUGUUUGGUUCGGUUGAUGGUGUGGGGACGCUGAACGUGUCCUCUUCCCAGGUAAAAAGUUGGCACUCGUCAGUGCUGUCGUCCUAUCAGAAGGAUGUUAUACCGACGGACGACACCAGCAAUGUCCUCGUGGUGACCAUAGAUUACGUCAUGAGGGCCAUUACCGAGUUUGACGAGUUGGCCGGAACUUUGGCCACUGUCGGUGUAUUGGACACAAGCUGGACAAGUCAGCUUACAUGGAAUCCAAACGACUAUGACGGCGUGAACCGCUUCACCAUGAAUAGAGAGGACGUGUGGCACCCCCCUCUCACUCUCUACAACGCAGUCGACACCCUCAAGGUGUUGGGCCACAAAUACAACAAGGUUAACGUCAAGUAUGAUGGUAAGACCACGUGGUCACUCCCGGUCAUUUUGGAAGCCGGCUGCUCUGUGAAUGUACUGAACUAUCCAUUUGAUAAACAGAACUGCUCGAUAGACAUAAUACCUUGGGACUUUCAACAGGCAGAAAUUAAAUUAGUCACAACCAGCGAUGAGGUGGAUAUUACUCAUUACGAGGAGAAUUUGGUCUGGAUACUGGAAUCCACCAGCGUGGAGACUUCUUCAAUUGACGGUAAAUCUAUGAUCAGUUUCAAAGUGGACCUGAAAAGGCGCCCAAUGUGGUAUAUCAUUGUGAUGAUUAUACCUGUGCUCCUUCUUGGGGUUCUCACCGUCUUCUCUUUUUACAUCCCUAUACCAGAGGGACGAGUAGGCUACGCCAUGACCGCUUUCCUUACGUUCUCCGUGUUUUUAAUUCUCAUCGGAGACAACAUUCCUAAAUCUUCCGACCCUAUGUCUCUGCUGUCGUGGUAUGUCGUCUGCGAGGUCGCUUUCGGGGGAUUGACAACAAUGGUCACGAUCUUCACUGUCCGUUGGCAUAUCAAGGACGACGAGAUUCCUGUACCACACAUUGUAAUGACGUUUGUGGCCUGUUUGUGUUGUAAAGUGUGUCAGAACCCAAAUAAGAACUUGAAAGUGCACCCCGCCAAACAAACGCUGAAGCAAAAGGAUCCACACACAUGGAUUAAUAUCCAUGGCAACACGUUUGAAAUGAAGGCUUUAGAUCAACUUCCACAAGGCAUCAAAUUUGGAGCUCCCAACCAGAAGUGGAAGACUAUUGAAGAAGAGGAAGAAGUCGACAUGGAUUUCAGCGAGCUAUGUUACGUGCCAAAGGUCAGCUGGGUCACGGUCGCCAGAACGCUUGACCAUUUCUUUUUCGUGCUUUUUCUUGGUGGACAGAUUGCCUUGCUGGCUAUUUUCAUUGUACCUCUAGUUGUCCAGUAUUACUGA